AUGAACGCCGUUUCCUUCGCUCUCUUCCUUAUUCUUGCCGUCUCGAUGGUUCAGGGUCUCACUCUGGUCAUCAAGAAGAACCGCAAGUACAACGAUCCACCAUUCUGCUUCGCUUACAACCGCGAGUACAACGAAAAUGACGAGACCUCAUCGUGCUCCGGAUAUCAAUUUGAUUGCUUCGACUCUGCCGGAUCCCAGAUUGGAAACAAAAUUCCCUUCAACAAAAAGGACUGUGAGAAUAUGUCCGCAUUCCGUUCCUACACAGAUGCUGACUUCCAGAAACGUCUUGAUGAUGCUAGCAAAUAUGCCACAACCGUUGAAGCAUCUGGCCACUGA